AUGUGUGGUUUGCAUGCCAACGACAAACAAAACCAGAUCUCUGGCCUCAGGAGGAGCUUCCGUCUGAGUCGGAAGGACCGACAGGGCUCGUCUGGCGAGGGGUCUGAGGCGGGAGACUCGGACUACCUGACCUACGAAGAGGUCUCACGCUACCAGCAGCGAGGCCAUGAGAGGCCCCGCCUGGUGGUGCUCAUAGGUUCCCUGGGAGCACGAAUCAACGAGCUGAAGCAGAAGGUGAUCGCAGAGAACCCGCAUCGCUACGCCGUGGCCGUCCCACACACGACCAGACCCAAGAAACCACAGGAGAAAGAAGGGGUUGAAUACCACUUUGUGGCCAAGCAGCAGUUUGAUGCCGACGUGUUGAACAACAAAUUUAUCGAGCACGGGGAAUACAAAGAGAACCAGUAUGGCACCAGUAUAGAGGCAAUCCGCUCAGUGCAGGCCAAGAACAAGAUGUGCUUGGUGGACGUUCAACCAGAGGCGCUGAGGAGGCUGCGCACAGCCGAGUUCAAACCCUACAUCAUCUUUGUCAAGCCGCGCGUUCCUGAGAGCAGAAGGCGCCGCGGCGCCGCCACCUCACCAGCAGGGGGCGAUCACGCCCGUAAUACAGACGAGGACCUGCAGGAGAUGCGGCAGUCGGCCAUCCAGAUCGACCAGCAGUACGGGCACCUGGUGGACCGGGUCCUAAUCAAGGAGGACUCGGCCAGUGCCUGCUCAGAACUCCGAGGGAUCCUGGAGCGGCUGGAGAGGGAGACGUUUUGGGUGCCGCUGGGCUGGGUGAGGACCUGA